AUAACACAGAUUGAUUGGUUUAUUUGUAAGGUGUGCUAGUGACAAAGAACUGAACUAAUAAAAAAUUAUUGUAGUACCUAUCUGUAAGAUGAAUUUGAAUACUCCAUUAAUAUAAAUAAUACCUAUUAAAAGGAUAAUUGACCUAUUAUUUUAUUAUUAGGAAUAACUCAAAAAUCAACAACGGCCAUGUUAGUACCUGUCAUAAUAAUCUCAAUAAUUCUACUACCAAUUUAUUUAACAACUCUACUCUUACUGUUCGUUUUCAAAAUAAUAAUCCAUACAAUUUUAAAACUGAAAUACAAAACAAGACUGAUACUAUUAGAAAGUGCUGAUACUUAUUGGGCAGUGGGAAAUUCAUUCCAUAACCAAAGUUACAUCCUGACAAUUCUAAAGGACAAACCCAAUGAUGAUAUUGUAAAGGAAAUAAAAAAUAUCAUCGAAGAAAAGCUAUUAAAGCAUACCGAAGAUUAUGCAAAAGUAUUGUGUUCGCUACAUACUUUUUUAGGUUAUCCUUACUUUCUAAAAGAAAAAUUCCGAUCUGAAGAUUUUAUAACAAUAAUAGAUACUCAAAUAACUAAAUACUCAUGUAUAAAAGACAUUAUCUAUGACUUUAGUUCUAAAGGUUUACCCUUAGAUGGUAAAGCGUUGUGGGAAAUUAUAGUUAUACAAGCAACAACUGAAUGGAAAUAUAAAUCAGGAUUAAAAGAGGACCAAAUAGCUAUAAUCCUUAGAGAAAACCAUACAGUAACCGAUGGAUUAUCAUUGAUGAAUUUAAUAGCGAACUCUUUUGGUGACCAAGUCAUGGAUCUGUCAAUGUAUUUAAAAAAUAUUCCAAGAAGCCCCAAAUCUAAUAUAGUUGCAAAAUUAUCAAAAUAUCUUCUUUUAUUUAUGAUUGUGCCAGGACAUCUAUUGAUUGCAUCUUUACAAAAAAAACUUAACAGAAAAUUAUGGAAAGCGCCGAAUAUUGUUCAUAAACAAAAUGUUGCUUACAAAUGCGAAGAUGGUAGGGGUUUGGUAGAGAAAAUUAAAAUUAUGAAAAGAGAUAUUGGCGAUGUCAGUUUUACUGAAAUUUUGAUAGCUGCUAUUUCUGCAAGCUUAAAUCGACAUUUUUUGAAAAAUACUAUCAAUAUUCCUGACUCUGUUCUUCUAUUGAUUGUAGCUACUAAAGAUUUGAAACCGAUGACUGUAAAUGAUGUACCGAUUUUAAGAAAUCAGUUCGGAAUGAUAAUAUUCGAAUUGCCGUUAAUAGUUAAUUCUAACUCGAUGUUAAAGAGAUUGGAUAUUUUGAAAAAAAGGGCCAGGCCUAUGUUGAAUUCAGUUUUACCACUGGUAGAUUCAUUUAUUUUGUUCAACCUCAUGGGUCUAUUUCCAACCUACAUUAUCAAAUGGCUAUUUCCCAUGGCGGAAACAGUAGGCAUCAGUAACUUACCAGGGUUCCCUAAACUAAAUAUUUGCAAUGGUUAUGAAGUCGAUGAUGUUUUUUUCUUCUUACCUCAAAGAGAUACCAACGGUAUUGGUUUUUCUAUACUCACGUAUGAUGACCGAUUGCACAUUGGCUUAACUGCAGACAAGGCAUCAAUUCCAUCCAAAAGUCACUGCGAAAGUAUAAUACAUGAUUUUUUUAAAAACUUGGACGAUUUAAAGAUAGAAUUGGAUAAAAAUAAGUUAGAUAAUAAAGUUAUUGAAUUGGAAUAAUAUAGCUGAAAACAAUGUAGAUAU